AUGGCGAAGGUUCCGCAGUUGUCGGAAGUACUACAGCUGAAGAUUGCCGACUAUACUGCAAAAGGAUACGUUCGCAAGCUGUCCGAUGAUGAAGUUAAGCAGCAAUCUGCUCACACAUGGUUCCUACCAGUAUUCCCAGUCACAAAUCCAAACAAACCUGGAAAAAUGAGGAUAGUGUGGGACGCGGCUGCCAAAGUUCACGGAAAGUCUCUGAAUUCUGCUCUACUGAAAGGACCGGAUCUACUGUCUUCUCUUUUUGCGAUUCUGCUUCGGUUUCGCCUGCAUCCUAUUGCAGUAACUGGAGAUAUCCGUGAAAUGUUUCACCAGGUGCUAAUCCGCGAGGAAGAUCAACGAUACCAGUGCUUCUUUUGGACGAAUGGAAAUGGAAACCUCGUAGUGUACGCAAUGCGAGUCAUGACCUUUGGGGCGUGCUGUUCUCCGAGUAGCGCUCAAUACGUGAAGAACGUCAACGCGGAGCGGUUCAAGAAUGAAUACCCAGCCGCAUACGAAGCCAUCACAAAGUCACACUAUGUAGAUGACAUGCUGAUCAGCGUUGCCAACGAGGAAGAUGCGAUUCAGACUGCAAAGGACGUUAGGUACGUUCACUCACAAGGUGGGUUCGAGAUCCGAAACUGGAUCAGCAAUUCCAGACAAGUGACAUCAGCGCUGCAAGAAGAAAACACGGAGGAAAAGAGUCUCGAUCUAUCGUCAGAGUUAUCCACUGAGAAGGUCCUAGGCAUGUGGUGGAAUACAACGUCUGACACAUUCACCUACAAGGUCGGUUGGAAUCGUUACGAUGGAGCUCUGCUGAAAGGUCAACGACGGCCCACUAAGCGUGAAGUUCUACGAGUCCUCAUGACUAUAUUUGACCCACUUGGACUGAUCGCACACUUCCUAGCCUACCUGAAAGUCUUGUUGCAAGAGAUCUGGCGAUCCGGUAUUAGCUGGGACGAAGAAAUUGGUGAAGAUGCGUUCGCGAAUUGGCUCACCUGGCUGAAAAUCUUGCCCAAAGUUGAGAACGUUCAGAUUGCUCGGUGCUACAGUACCAGAUAUCCGUUCAUCGAAGCCGAUGAAGUACAGCUACACACCUUCGUAGAUGCCGGAAAAAAUGGAAUGGCAGCUAGUAGCACCAUUGAAGCUCACUUCGAUUCCUCGACUGGAGCUGCAAGCAGCGGUGAUAGGGACACGUCUCAUACGAUCAUUGAGACGCUGUCUAUAAUCAUCACGAGAAAGUUCUACUGGUCGGACUCAAGGGAUGUUUUGUGCUGGAUCAACUCCGAUCAUCGACGGUACACUCAAUUUGUCGGGUUUAGAGUCACGGAGAUUCUGGAAGCUACAGAAGCGCACGAAUGGCGAUACGUAUCAAGCAAGUUGAACGUAGCGGAUGAUGGUACAAAGUGGGACGUACAGCCUGAUCUAUCUCCUGAGAGCAGGUGGUUUAAAGGACCGGACUUUCUCUGGACAACCGAGGACAAGUGGCCACAGUCAGCAAUCCGGAACGAACCGACAGACGCUGAACUCGUGGCAAAUCUUUCAGUCCACUACGCUCUCCCAAAACCAAUCGUUUGCGUCUCGGACUACUCCAGCUUUGAACGAUUGAGAAAUGUUGUCGCACGUGUGCUACGGUUCACAACAAACUGCUGCUCCAAGCAACGGAAGCAGCCGAUUAAAACGGGACCUCUCAUCCAAAACGAACUCUACACAGCUGAAGCAUACCUGAUUCGGCUCGCACAGCAGGAAGGUUAUCCUGAAGAACUAAUCAUCCUCCGAGGUACACCACAAAACGCAGGGGAACCAACAACAGUGCUCCCGAGAUCCAGUUCACUGUACAAGCUGACACCGUGGCUUGACGAACAUGGAAUACUGCGCAUGAGAACUCGUAUCGCCGCUUGCCAGUACACCACUGAAGACGCAAAGAAACCCAUCAUCUUACCACACAAACACCACGUCACUACCUUAAUUGUAUCACACUACCACAAGAAAUACCACCACCAAAACCACAAAACAGUGAUAAACGAACUGCGGCAGAAAUACCAAAUCAGCCGCAUACGCUCGUGCUUCAACCAAGCACGCAGAGAUUGCCAAAAAUGCAUGAUCGAACAAGCAGCACCAAAUCCUCCAUUUAUGGCCGACCUACCUCCUGGUCGUCUAGCAGCAUUCUCACGCCCGUUCACACACACGGGAGUCGAUUACUUCGGCCCAAUUGAAGUCGUCGUUGGAAGGAGGGUCGAGAAACGCUGGGGAAUGCUAGCCACAUGCUUGACCGUUCGAGCGAUACAUAUUGAAGUAGUUCACUCGCUGACCACUAGUUCCUGCAUCAUGGCAAUCCGCAAUUUCGUCGCUCGGCGCGGAAAACCCCGUAAAUUCUACAGUGACCGGGGAACUAACUUCGUCGGAGCGGAUCGAGAGCUGAAGAAGCUUGAAGAAGUGAUCAACCAUGACGAGAUAAUGAAGGAGUUCACUAGUUCUGAGACCGAGUGGGUGUUCAAUCCUCCGCUGGCACCACACAUGGGUGGAAGUUGGGAGCGGCUAAUACGAACAGUAAAGAGCAACCUGAUGGCUGUCUGCAUAACUAAGAAACCGUCCGACGAAGUGCUGCGAAACACUCUAACCGAAAUAGAGAACGUAGUAAACUCCCGGCCACUCACGCACGUGCCGGCAGACGACGAUUCUGCUCCGGCUCUCACCCCGAACCAUUUCCUACUCGGUUCAUCCAACGGAACGAAACCACUGGUCAAGAGUGACGACUGCCAUCUCGCCCUGAAGCAGAACUGGUGCACCUCUCAGAUUCUGGCCAACCUGUUCUGGAAGCGGUGGGUAACUGAUUAUCUUCCUGAAAUCACUCGUCGGUCCAAAUGGUUCCAGUUUGUUAAACCGGUCGCUAAUGGAGAUGUUGUAAUUAUCGUCGACCCUAAGAUGCCCCGGAGCUGCUGGCCAAAAGGAAAGGUCAUCAGUACGAUUUCUAGUAAAGACGGUCAAGUUCGAUCCGCAAUCGUACAAACAUUCACCGGUGUCUACGAACGUCCAGCAGCCAAGUUAGCAGUGUUGGAUGUUCAGCGCGUCGAGUAG